AUGAUUGGCUUAGCAAUGAUGUUCAUGCUAGAGAUUGAUUUUCCCAAUUAUAAAGCUAAUAUUCCAGAGCAGAUUACAUCAUUGGUUCUCAAUAUUGAACAAUAUGAUGCAAUAAAAGAUGAAGGAAAAAAUAAAAAAAAAAUUAUUACUGGAGGGUUUGGUUCUGGAAAAUCUGUGGUAGGAAAAGAGAUUGUUAGAAAUAUUAUUAAAAAAAGUAGAAAUAGAUCUAUAACUUUGUAUUACAUAUGCUGCAAUCAUUUUUCCUUGUAUGAAUGUGAAAUGAAACAGUUUAUUAAUGAUGAAUUAAUAAGAGUUAAACCUACUAACGUUACUGUACAUUGCGAUAACUUAUUUAAUUUAUGGAAUAAAGUACCUCAAGAUAAAGAUGAAAUUUCUAUUCCAGAUACACUUGAGCAUUAUGCAACUAUAACAAGUGAUGAUGUGUGUUUUGUUUUAGAAGAACUUUCUGAUGAAUAUUUUAAAGAAGAAGAUGAAAAGAAAUUAAAUGAAAGGUUUUUAGAGCCUUCAAAUAAGUUGAAUAAAUGUUUAGUGGUUUUUAUUCCUGAAAGUAUUAAAAAAAAUAGUGAAUUAGUAAAUGAAAACACGACUGAUAAAAUUAACAUAAAAAAGAGUUGUUUCACUGAAGAAUUUUUAGGAAAAUCUAUGAAGAUUAUAACUCUAAAAAAAUCAAUGAGAGUAACACAAGGUAUUAAAUUGUUAAUUGAUAGUUUUCAAAAAGCCAUUGAGGAAAAACAAACUGUUAUUAGAUUUUCAAAUGAUAACCAAGUCAACACCAAGAAUUCAGAUUCUUUUCAUAAAUAUAUUAAAAAAGAUCCUAAAGGUUCAAAUUGCAUAGAAAUAAACUGUGUGUUUGAUGAAACUAACUUCGGACAUUCCAUUAAAGGACCAAGACCUAAAAUAAUAUAUUUUCCUUUUUCGAACAUUACAGACAUAAAUUCUGUCUAUCUAUUAUCAGAUGUACUAAGGAAACAUUGUAUUUUUGAAAAUGGACCAAAAACAGUUGUUAUUUGCAACAACAUGGAUGAAGUUGAGUCAGUUUCAUUUGCUAUAAAAAAAGCUAAUACUGAAAAAAAAAAUUUUUUCAAAGCAAUAAUAUAUACUCCACAUUUGCGCAAGUGCACACCAUCAAUUGAGGAUAAAAAAAAAGUUAAACAAUCAACAAAUAUUAAAUCUCAUAUACUUGUAACUGAUCAUAAAGGGUUUUCUGGAGCAGAGUCCGAAUCUGUUAUUAUAUUUGUAGACCCAAAUGACAUUUAUCUUCGACACACAGUUAUAAAUGCCAUGGCUAGAUCAAAUUCUCAUUUAACAUUUCUGGUUUUGGGAAAAAUAGUACUACAUUCAGAAAAUUCUGUUGGAUCAAUAAUCACUGAAUGGACAUCCGAAUGGAUUGAUAAAAUUGAAAUUAAACCAAAUAAUUGUGCCUACGGAAAAGAGGAAUUUGAAGCUUACCGAAAAAAAGAAAAAUUUGAAAUUAACAUGGAACAUGAUAAUAUGUAUAAAAUAAAGGCUUCUCAAACUGCAGAACUUGCCAAAAAAGGGAAAUCUGAUACAAAGAAAAAUGAAUAUGAAAGUACAGAUUUUGAGUUGACCAAAUCAGAAAAAACAGAACUCAAAAAAAGAAUGGAUGAUAGAGAGUAUAGAGGCUUUCCGAACAUUGCAGAUUAUUUGUUUGAUAGAGAUGUUGAAAAAAUUAAAUUUUAUUAUUCAAAAGAGAUUGGUGAUGCUGAUCUUAAAAGGAUUACAACUCCCAUUGAAUUAAUUCAAACUUUGGAAGAUCGUAUGCUUUUAGGGAAUGGUGAUUACAUUUCUUUUGUAGAGGUACUUAGAAAAAUCGGAAGGAAUGACUUGGCUGGAUAUCUUACUUGGAAAUCUGAUACAAGAAAAAAUGAAAACAUUGAAAUGGUGCAUAAUAGAAUGUUUCCAGAUGAGCAAGUUCUUUACAGACGGGACUUUAUGUUUUACUUUAGCGCAAUGGUAGGAGUUGAUUGGAGAACUCUUGGACGUCAAUUAAAUAUUAAUGAAAAUUCUUUAGAAAUAAUUGACAAUGACAAUUUAGAAAUAAUUGACAAUGAUAAUGAUGUAGUUAAGUCUAAAGCAUAUUCAAUGUUAAAUAUUUGGAUGAAAAGGUUUGACACCCCAACACUUAAGGAAUUAAAAACAACUUUAAGGAACAUGAAUAGAAUGGACCUAAUAAGGCAAAUAGACGAAUAUGAAAGUAAUUUUUUAUGAUAUAAAUUAUAACUAGCUGACCGGACCAGCAAAAAUACGGGUUGUUGUAAGUCUAUCCUAAACCGACCUUUUCUAUACCUUUUCCUU